AAAGUUAAUAAGUUAUCUUCCUUGCUGUUGACAAUGAAAUCUCAUGUAAACAUAGCUUUGAGUUCUCUGCUUCCUAUCGGCUCUCCCAGGGAAAGAGCGGAUCGUUGCAAAGAGGUACAGCAGAUCCGAGAACAACAUCCAAACAAAAUUCCAGUCAUUAUUGAGAGAUACAAAGGGGAGAAGCAGCUACCUGUACUGGAUAAGACCAAAUUUCUAGUUCCUGAUCAUGUUAAUAUGAGUGAAUUGGUAAAAAUAAUCCGGCGCCGGCUACAGCUGAAUCCAACCCAGGCUUUCUUCCUAUUGGUGAACCAGCACAGCAUGGUGAGCGUUUCCACCCCAAUCUCUGAGAUCUAUGAGCAAGAGAAGGAUGAAGAUGGCUUCCUCUACAUGGUCUAUGCUUCACAGGAAACCUUUGGGUAUUGAGUGUCUGUCACCACCAGAGGACUAAUUCCAAACUGUUGCAGUGACAUCUCUGCCUCCCCAGUGCUCCCCACCUUGGCAAACCCUGUGCAGAGAGAAGCUUUUGGUCCAGGAACAGCCCAGAAGCAACCAUGUUCCUCCAAUUUUGUAGCGCAUCAGACCAAGAUAAUCCAGUGUGUAGGUGUGUGAGAGACCCAUAAAUCUCUAUGUUUGCAUUGCCUCUGUCCUUUAUGAUUGCUAUUCAUUGUCUCCCAUCUUGUUCAUGUGUGUUUGCAGAUGUAUGCACUCUCUCUUUAAUAUUAUGUCUUCUUUCUUACUCCAAUGCCAAAUUGAUGGAGCCUAUGGCAGUCAGGCGAAUAAAAUAAACUGUUUCCUCACUUACUAAGGCAAGGGAUGAGCUUGUCUGCUGUUAAAGGGCAGAAACUCUUAAGACAAAAACAAGCAAAAAUAAAGAACUUUUAUUGGGGUUUUAUUGGGAUUUUAAGUUAUGUGCAUAUCAAUUCUUGGUGCUACACAAUAGAUGUAGGCAUCUUUUCCAGUACUGUCCAUAAAAUAUAACUUCUAGGUUUAUUAUUUUUGAAGCACGAGGGAAUAUAAUUUGCUUGUAUGAUGUAGCCUUUAAAAAAAUCUUACGCUUCUUUGCACUUUAAAAUGUUGUAAAAGUGAGGAUGAAAUUAGCUUACUUUUCACAAAUUUGUCGUAUUAUGUGCUGUUUCUGUCACUG